AGCGUCACACACCUACACGAGCAUACGUUCGUCGUCGUCGAUAACUCGGACAGACGACAUGCAAAGCUUCAUCGGACGCAUCGGUUCCGGAACAAUGCAUUCCCAUUCCCUCUUUGGUGGGCGUUGUGCGCAGCAUUCGUCUCAUGAUGCCUCCCGCCCUUGGACCACAUGCUAUGUCUCGUCCCGAUCUCUCUUCCUGUCUUGUGGUUCCGAUGUCCUUUCUCGUCGCUGUAGUCUCGGUCUUUCGUCUCAGCUUCUUUUCCUCGUAGACGUGGUCUCUGUUAAUGUCUGUGGUCUUGGUUUCUGAUCUCGAUCUCAUGUGCGAUCUCAAUAUCGGUCUCUACAUGCUUACUCGGUCUUCGUAUCGAAGAAGUC